UUUAAAUUCAAGAAAUAAAAUACUUCUCAUAUUUCUUUUACAAGCGGAUUUAACAGUUUUCUCCUUAAAGCAUUUAUUGAAUUGCACCGGCCUGUCUAAAACUCGGUGUUUAUUCAGUGUUACGACAACAACGGUGAGUUGUAAUAGUGAGUCCCCGAUGGCAGGCUGGAAGGACGGCUCGGUGCAGGAGAAGUAUCGGCUAGUUGUGGUAGGAGGCGGUGGCGUCGGGAAAUCAGCUCUUACUAUCCAAUUCAUCCAGUCUUACUUCGUCACAGAUUAUGACCCGACAAUUGAAGAUUCCUAUACAAAGCAGUGUGUGAUAGACGAGAGGGCAGCGCGGCUGGACAUUCUAGACACAGCAGGACAGGAAGAGUUUGGAGCCAUGCGAGAACAAUACAUGAGGACAGGAGAGGGUUUCCUUUUGGUUUUCUCUGUCACCGAUAGAGGAAGUUUUGAAGAAAUCUACAAAUUCCAAAGGCAGAUCCUCAGAGUAAAAGACCGUGAUGAGUUUCCCAUGAUCCUAGUUGGUAACAAGGCAGACUUGGAGCACCAGAGACAGGUGACGCAAGAAGAGGGGCAACAGCUAGCAAGGCAACUAAAAGUAACCUACAUGGAAGCCUCUGCAAAAAUCAGAAUGAACGUAGACCAGGCUUUCCAUGAACUGGUUAGAGUUAUAAGAAAGUUUCAGGAACAAGAAUGCCCGCCCUCUCCAGAACCAACACGCAAAGAAAAGGACAAGAGUGGCUGCCACUGUGUGAUCUUCUGAGGGAUCCUUUCACUUUCAUCUACAACCAACUGCUGCCACCAGUCCCUACUCCUGCCUUGUGACAUCAUGCCUUGGUUCAAUCAGUACUGCUUUCAUUAGCGGCUCUGUGAAGUCCCAAAGCAAGACUGAGGCAACUGAAAAACAACAACACACAAACGAAACUAAACACUAAGGCUGCUUCUUAAAUUGCCACAUGAUGACAUUUGUACCUUCAACCGAAAAGAGGAAACAAACAACACCACUCAUAAUAAUGUAUAAGUAAAGUUUGUUUUUAGCUACUGGUAAUUUUGCCUUAUCGAGUGAGGUGUUUUAAUCACGCUUUCACGUCUUGUAUCUCGUGCCAUUUUCAGUUUUACUUUAAUGUGCUAAUCAGCUACUGUACAUACUGAAAUUCUUCUUGAUUUGAACAAUAUGUCUAAUCAAUUCAAUAUUUAAGUACAGAGGGUGAGGACAAGGUUGGUUGUUGUGCCAGGUUGAAAAAGAAUAUUCUACAAGUAGCCAAAAAAAUGCCAACAUUAACUUCCAUUGUUGGCGAGAGUGUCAAUGUCUUUCAUUUUAAUUUAAUUUUUGUAUCUUUUUUUCUGAUGUUGCCAUUUUGUUCCAGUGGCCAUAUCCAGUCGGUCUACAGUACUGUAUCAAGGACAAUCGGACUGGCGUUCUUUUGACCUAACAAGAUCUUGUCAUGUCAGUUGAAACUUGGUACCUUGGUAAAGUUGGACCUUAUGAACGUGCUGGACUUCCAGGGUCUUAACUGGCUGUAGCCAGUAGUACAAGUAUAAGAGUGUAAUGAUAAUGCAGCACUGUGCUUGUAACUUAUGUUCACCAAAGCUGACACAGUAAUUGUAAUGACCCAUCCUGAAAUUUGAUUUGACCUAACCUAGCCUGGAAGUCCGAUCCUUCUGGAUAUUAGGGGUGAUCCUCCUGAUUGCUCCCUGAUGUUGAACUCCAAACCAGAAAACUCACUGAUCAGGCUUUCCUGGGUGGAGGCAUGUUUUAAAUCCACAGUUUUAUUGUUCAAGAGGGUUCACAUCACUAUUAAGAUAUUUCAAAGUCUGUUUUGUCUUCCUUUUGAUGCGAGUAUUUCCGAAUAAGGGAUACAAAGUAACAAAAUGGUAUUUUUUGUUUUAUCUUCAUGUAAUAUAUAUAAAAAAAGAUGGAAGUAAUGCUUCAAUUGUUGGAGAAGAUUCAAUGUUUUUUGCUAUAUACUUUUAUACAUUAUUUUCUUAUCAGACUAGUUAACAGUAUUUUUAUAUGUUUGUAAGCGAAUAUGCUUUCACAGCAUAACUUGUGUAUAUGUAAAGAUGAGUAUUUAAUUCUCACAGUCCUUUUAUUUUUUUUUAUUUUUUUUUUUAAAACUGACAAGACUUUAGGGCUAAGUUGAAAUCUUCCCGUUUGCUCAGACGAUCCUGUCAUUAAAGACAAGUCUGUACACUAUGAUAAGAACCGGUUUAAAACCUCCGGGUGACGAUCAUUUCGUUUGACUGUGGAUGGGCUCUCAAUUAUUUGUUCUACACAUUGUUGUUUAAGUCCCCAGAACAGUUGUGAUCCCUGUACUGGAAUACUGACCGACCGUGCAUGACUUUCUAUUGACAAAGUGUGUGUACAUCCAAUUCCAUGACGUGUUUCUUUUUUUUUUUUUUUUUUUUUUUUUUUUUAAUCUUACUCUACCCCUGUAUAGCUCCUGGUGCUAGAAUAAAACAAUGAUUUAACCAAUUAAAAAAAAAAAAAAAAAAAAAAAAAAGAAUCCACUAUUUUUUCCUCUACUUUUUUCCAUACCCAUUUCAAAGUUAACAUUAUUUCCUUUAAAGAGUACGAAUGAUUUUGGUUAUUAAUGUAGUGUUUGCUGCUUGUGGAAGUUGAAAGAUGGCAUCACUGCUGAUAUUGGUGUUACAUCCAUUGUGAUACUUUGCUCCUAUCAAAUUUUCUAGCACAGAACCAUUAUAAGGUAGUUUGUCCAUAAUGUCAUCCCACAUUGGAAGAUGGAGCACAAAUUAUAUAGCGACACUGUUAUAAAGUGACAAACUAGCAGUCUUUGCAGUCACCAUUGCAGAAACUUGCUUUGAGGGGUAAAAUGAACAUAUAUAAUUGUUCACCCCGUCGAGCUGUUCUGCUAUGAAAACAAAUGCAUAGUGUUUUAGGGACUGUGCCGCUGCAUCUAUGGGAUGUAUUUGAAGAUGUGAAUAGAUUGGUUGCACGGGAGACUAAUUGGGGUGAAAUGAGCAAUAAAUGCCAGUCGUAUCAUGAAUGACUUCAUUUUAUUUAGUUUACAAAGGACAUGCGUACAGUAUGACAUGAACGAUGAGUAAAUGGAAA